GACGCGUCUUUCCAUCACAAAGUUCGUCAUGAGCAGCGUGCGGCAACGAAGAGCAGAGCUCUGAGACGCAGGAACCGUUUACCCCAGACGCCCGCCCACGUCAGCAGUGCCUCCUCUCCUGAAUCAGGUGUUUAAUGAAGCACGCAGCAGAUGACAACAACCCACGAGCGCUCGCGUUAACUCCUCUGUUCUGCCGCUGAAAUCAGAGCGACGGCCUGAAGAAUCGUCUGCAGAGGGAACAGCUUUCACGCUCCUUCAUGAAGGGGUGACCAGAGACAGAGAGAGGUGAAGGAGUGAAGGCAGGAAACCUGUCAAAGCAGGUCCAGACCAGACCUGGACCCGUGGUGAACAGACUCACAGGCAGGUGAUGCAGCAAAUCACAUUGACAGAAGAUGUAAAGCCUAAUGUUCACAUUAUUCGUAUUUUCAUAACAAGAAAAAACAGGAAACAUAGGAAUUGUGCCUCCUAAUGUGAUUCCUUCAGCCUAGUGCAUGCUGGGACAGGCUAAACCUUCCAUGACCUCAAGCAGGAAAAGCGUUGUAAGAAAAAUUAAUAUUCCGAGAAACAGAGACACACAGGCUGUGGCCAGUGAAACACUUACUCUACCAUUUACCAGUUACCUCCAGCAGUCUCUUGUCUCUUCGUUCCAUGUUGACGUCAUCAAAUGUUGGAGUGCCCCACUGAGAUUUAAAGCGGGAGGUCGGACGUGUGGUCUUCUCUGUACCUGCCACCUUAACAAGCCCCCAGGCUGCACUCCGAGGGGAGCCCCACAUCAAAUGUGUCUGUCUGUACCUCAGCUAGAGGUAGGAUGAGUGAUCUCCCAGAGCAGGGAUCCCCUCGCCUCCCCCACACAGCGGCUCUCCUCCCCUCUCCCUCUGCCACGGCGGCCAGCCCAUCACAACAAAAAAAAAAUACAGUGGAGCACAUCACAAGAACAAUACUAGAUCCCUCCAGCUGUUCUCUGAGUGACCGGCAGAGGGCAACGCCAACAGUCUGCUCUCUGUUCUCCAAACUGGGCUACAGGUCAUCGCCUUGAUGCUCCACAAAGGACAUGAGAAACAGCAGCCAGGCCUCUGGACUGGAGAGAUGGAUAUCCAUGGCUCAUGGUGGCCACAGACCGCUGUUAUCACCGCUGAUCGCCAGGUGCAUCAGCUGAAAGGAGACAGCAGCCUCCACUGGAAACAAUACACAAAAGAGCAAAAAGGAAAAGGCAUGUGAUGAUGCUGAUGAUGAUGAUGUGUAUUUAUCACUAUACUGACAACUGAAAUAUAACUGUUAAUUCUUGAUGGGUUUAUUCUCUCACUUCAGUAAGUUAAUUGAUGCAAAAAUAAUGACAUCACAUUCCAGAAUUGUUUGACAUAACCUGCCUUAUUAUUAAAUUAUAGUGUAUUGUCUUUUUAAGUAGUAGUGGUAAUAAGAUCCUAUUAUUGUUGUUGUUGUUGUUGUUAUAUGAUCUGAUAGUUACUCCAGUGUGAAGCCAGGCCUCUGUAAACUACCAGCUUUCUAUCUCUCUGCUCUGUGUUGUUAUUGGACUGUGUGCAGCUCACUGUACUCCUCUCCAAUAGCAUCCCAACGGCGCUGAAUGGGAGAGAGUGAAAAAAAAAAGUGUAGCCAUGCAUGCAGAGAGUGGGAGGAUCCACUCGGCUUCAAUCUCGAUCUCAGACUUUUUUUUGCAGCGACAGGACAGGGACACACAAACCAACCAACCAACCAACCAGUCUCUUGCUAUACUUCCAAAAGAGUUACUGCAGCGGGACAUCUACAUAACAUACACACCCUCACUGUGUUUUUUUGGGGGAUUUGUUGUCAAGUUUUUCUCACCUUUAACAAAACUGUUGAAGAGAAAGUGCCAGCUCGAGGACGAGAAAAGAUAGAAAGCUUCCUCGGUGCUCUGAAUCAGAACAGGACUGUGUGUGUGACGCGGAACUUGAGCGGUUUCAACAGGUUUCAGCCUCCUCGUCCUCGUCCUCCUCGUCCUCCUCGCUUUGUGGACUCUCUUGUCCGAGUCUGACCGUCUUCUUAUGGAUAUUGCAACAGGUCUGGUGUCUCUGGAGCGCCUCUCCGUUGGAGAACAGUCCGAGACGUGCAUCAUGCUGGACGGCAUCAAAAUCGAAGAUCACCCGCUGCGAUCUGGACAAGCCACGCUCGGAGUCAUGCUCGGCUCUGACUGUCACCAUCCGUCGGUGUGUGAAGGAUGCCAGCGUCCCAUCUCCGACCGCUUCUUGAUGCGCGUCAACGACUCCUCAUGGCACGAGGAGUGUUUGCAGUGCACCGUGUGUCAACAGCCUCUCACCACCAGCUGUUACUUCAGAGAAAGGAAACUUUACUGCAAACACGACUACCAACAGUUGUUUGCGACCAAGUGCAGCGGCUGCUUGGAGAAAAUCGCCCCCACGGAGUUCGUGAUGCGCGCCCUGGAGUGCGUCUACCACCUGAACUGCUUCUGCUGCUGCGUGUGCGACCGGCAGCUGAGGAAGGGCGACGAGUUUGUCCUGAAGGAGGGUCAGCUGCUGUGCAAGAUCGACUACGAGAGGGAGAAGGACUUACUCAGCUCGGUCAGCCCGGAUGACUCAGACUCAGAGAAAAGUGACGAUGAGGAGUUGGACAUCAAGCCGGAGAAAGGCAUAGGAAGCCAAGGGAAGGGGGAUGAUGGGAAGGAUCCCAGGAGGCCCAAAAGACCGCGAACCAUCCUGACCACUCAGCAGAGACGGGCCUUCAAGGCCUCCUUCGAGGUGUCCUCAAAACCCUGCAGAAAGGUGAGGGAGACGCUGGCUGCAGAGACGGGACUCAGCGUCCGGGUGGUGCAGGUGUGGUUUCAGAACCAGAGAGCUAAGAUGAAGAAGUUGGCAAGAAGACAGCAGCAACAACAAGAACAACAGAACUCUCAGAGACUUGGCCAAGAGGUGAUGUCCAAUCGGAUGGAGGGGAUGAUGAACUCCUUCACACCGCUGGUUCCGCCGCAGCAGCAGCUGGUCGCCAUGGAUCAGAACGGUUACAGCACAGACCCGUUCCAACAGGGGCUCACCCCCCCACAGAUGCCCGGGGACCACAUGAACCCAUAUGGUAAUGACUCCGCAUUCCAUGACAUAGACAGCGACACGUCUUUAACCAGCCUCAGCGACUGCUUCAUGGCGUCGUCGGACGUCAACUCCAUGCAGGCCCGCGUGGGGAACCCCAUCGACCGCCUCUACUCCAUGCAGAACUCUUACUUUGCGUCAUGAAAGAGAAGAGUGGAAAACACAUCAGAAUAAACUGCCCAUCUCAACCCUAAAGCGCGACGGCCAGGAGUUUCUACACCAACCACGGACGGAAGAAACCUCGCAGCGGCUCCUGGUUAUGUGCUGAAGCUUACUCAAAGAUAGUAAAACCACUUGUUGUAGGACAGCGACGAUUCCUGGGGGAAAAAGACUUAAAUAUUGUUAGAGAUUAUUCGGUAGGAUUGCUUAUCUGUCACAGACUCUUUUCUUUGUUCACUUAAAGAAAACAAGUAGAUAUUGAAGCCACUGACUCUCAAACCAAAUGACACAGUGAGUUUAUACAGUGCAUGAUCAAUUGUAAACUAAAACUUUUUGUAAGCCCUCCCCCUCCUGGUUAAGAUGUGGUGUUUGGACUGUUUCUUCUUUACACUACAUGGAUUUCCAUGUUCACCGUUAGCAUUUUGAUCACUUUCAAUAGGUUUAGAUAUUGUGUUAAUAGUAAAUAGGCGCAGCAUGUCUGCAAGAGUGACUGUACAUUUGUGUAUGUAUGAGUGGUGAGAAAGAAUUGUUUAGAAGAGGAGAGAGGAAAAAAAGGUGGAGAAUUUGUUGGACAAGUAGGAUCAGUGAAGUGUAAAUACUUUCCCCAGGCAAAUUGGAUGUGCAUGUUACAAAAAUGGAAAGCAUUAUAUUUAUUUAACUAUAACAGGCUCUUGAAGGUGCAUAUUAAACAUGAAAAAGCUUUAUUUAAAAAGGAGAGCAUUUUUUUUUUUUGUUGAGCAAUUAGCGAGUUCAUGAGUAUCACAGCUCAUCUGUAUGCUUUUUUAAUAUGAAGAUUAACCCUUUUGUUUUGUUUUUUCUUCAGCCAAGCUGUAAAUGAGCAAUGUUGCUAUUUAUUUCGUACAGACCAUAAACCUUUUGUUGUCAUUGUCAUAUGUGCAUUCUCAAAAAAUGUUAAAGUUGCUAAUUGACCAAAGUUGACUGGUUUGAUGAAUAAACAAUGUCUUUCUCCUGAUAACAUUAAA